AUGAAGUACGCACGAAUGCCGAUCGAGAUUGAAUCUCCCGAAGAGUACGGCUACGAUAAGAUCAAAUACAACCUCUCCGAGAGCUCCUGCCCCGACCAAAGCCUGGAGUCCUUGAACCUCAAGGUCCCGAACCUUACCCUUCUCUACAAUGAGCACCGCGGAGGCUCCAAGCUACGACAACUGAUUGCGGAGCAAUCAGGCGUCACCAAGGACGACGUGCUCAUCACGUCGGGGGCAGCGGGUGCGCUCUUCAUCAUCUCUACAUCACAGCUCACCCCUGCUGAUCAUUUGGUCGUGAUGCGCCCCAACUAUGCGACUAACUUGGAGACACCUAAGGCGAUUGGCUGCGAAAUCAGCUUUAUCGACCUUAAGCAUGAAGCUGGUUUCCAGCCUGAUAUUGCGUCCUUAAAAGCUGCCCUGAAGCCUAACACUAAGAUUGUAUCCAUCACCGCGCCGCAUAAUCCUACCGGUACUUCCAUCUCUAGGGCUGAUCUGGAUGAACUCGUUGCUAUCACCAAGGCCAAUGGCUCCAUCCUUCUCGUUGACGAGACCUAUAGAGAUAUUAGCUACAUGACUCCUCUCCCAGUCGCCUCGUCUCUCGCCGACCACGUCAUCAGCGUGUGCUCUCUAUCUAAAUCGUACGGAAUCCCGGGCAUCAGGCUGGGUUGGUUGACCACGCAGAAUAAGAGGCUACAGGAAACCUUCCUCGCUGCCAAGGAGCAAAUUUCCAUCAGCGGAAGCGUCAUCGACGAGUGGAUCGCCGAGUCUGUGCUGUCUAACAGAGAGAACAUCCUCUCUGCCACGAACGUGGAGCAAAAGGCUCGCCUUGACAUUGUCGCAGAGUGGAUUGAGAAAGAGGACCUGCUAGAGUGGGUUCGUCCUGUUGGCGGCGUGGUCUGCUUUCCUCGCAUGAAGAAGGAGCCCGUUGGCGGCACCGCGGCGUUUUACAAGCGCCUGCUAGAGGAGCAUGGCACGUAUGUCGGACAGGGUCAUUGGUUCGAGAUGCCGGAUACUUUCUUCCGUGUCGGCUUCGCUUGGCCAACUAGGGAGGAGCUUCAGGGUGGUCUGGCUGCCAUCUCAAAGGCUCUCCGUGGUUAA